CGAAUGUAUCUUCGCCGACUGGUUUUAAUGGGAUACGUUUAAUAUUUAAUUAUCUGAAAUAAUCCGCUCUAAUUUUAAGAAUGCUGGCGGCGGUUUUGAAAUUGAAAGUUGACAAUCUAGAACGCCUCCUGUCAGAGCUGAAGAUAAGAGUUUGUCAACAUGGCGACCUACGAUUUGAUAAGUCGUAAGCUGCAGAAGCAUAAUACAGAUAAAAAGGAAAUGAAAGAAACAAAUUCUGCCGAUUCAUUCAUGGACGAAGGAGAUAAACCCACGAUGUCAAAAUCAUCCGACAUCAAAAUAUUUAGAUGGUCUUUCAACAGCACAAUUCUAGUGACGCAUGUGAACAUUUUCUUGUAUGCAACAUGUUUCUGGAUACAGACAGGAGCAUUACCAUAUUUGACCAAGAAGCUGGGAGUAGAUAUGGUUGUGUUUGGAUACCUCCAAACCACUUUUGCUGUUGUUCAGCUUGCGGGUGGUCCAUUGUUUGGAAGAUUUGGUGACUUGUUUGGAGGGAGAGCAGCCAUGAUGUUGGCUUUCGCCUCAGCAUCAACAACAUAUCUCUUCCUUGGACUGGCAAACAGCUUUCCACUUCUGUUCAUAUCCCGUCUGCCAUCAAUAUUCAUGCAUGCAAUGCAAGGUGGGCAGAUGAUUGUGACAGACAUGGGAGACAAACAACAACGGGCAGCUUCACUAGGCAUGCUGGGAUUGUCAUAUGGUGUAGGGAUGGUUGUGGGGCCAUUCAUUGGUGGACUCAUCACAAAAUACUCAAGUGAGCAGACAGCCGCGUUUGCAGCCUGUUUUGGAUCUGUACUCUCGGUAUUCAUCGCAUUCUUCUUUAUACCAAAGAAAACCAAGAAAACAACUGUAACAAGCACCUUAGAAGAAAAACAGUCCUCUGUGUUUGACAUCAACAAGAUUGUAAAAUUAGUAAUGGCUCCAGGGGCCUUAUUUCUGUUGAUCAUUCGAGCUGCUGCAGGUAUACCUAUUGGUGUGUUCCAGAGCAUGUUUUCUGUUGUUGCCUUGGAAACCUUCAAAUUGCCACCUGAACAAAAUGGCUAUAUACUCUCAUAUAUUGGAGUAUUAACCAUGAUUGUACAAGGAUUAGGUGUAUCCAUACUGACAAAGAAAUACUCGGAAACCUCUAUUUUGAAGUGGUCGUCUUUUUCCCUCAUCUUCUCCUACCUGGCAUUGGCCUUUGUCACCAACGUCCAGCAGCUUUGUAUAGUGAUGGCACCUCUAGUGAUGGGACUGGCUUCUUCUAACAUCGUCAUCAGCUCAGUGCUGACUCGUACUGUAUCUGAACUUGACACAGGUGCAAUGCUGGGAUUAAACAUGGCUGUCAACUCACUUAUACGAUCUCUAUCCCCGACCAUUGGUGGCAUGCUCCUGAAAUAUUACGGUUUUCCAUCAUUUGGAUACUUAGGUUUUGUUAUGUUGUCAGGGGUUACCAUAUUUCUGUUCUUGAAAAUGAAAGAUGUUUGAUGUUGUAGUUAUUUAGCAGGAUUGAAAUUUGUUUAUUUAUAUUUAAUUUACUAAUGUUGUAGGUGGCAGUACAUAUUUGUAUGUAUGUACGUAGUAAAUACUGGGUAUUGAUAUUUUUAAAAAAUUUGUUUAUGUUUUGAGAUUCUGCGGCUUGGGCAGGGGAUGGCAGGAGGGACUUGCAUAAGAAUCUUGCAAGUGUUAUAGAAUUAUAGUAUUGUGACCAUUGUUUUGUCAGAUCUUUCAUUUAAUGUACCUAAAAAAAAUAUGUCAGUCUGAAAAUUUUGUCAUCCACUUUGUGUUGAACCCUGUAAACAAUUUCUGUAAGGCAAUUCCAUUGAAACAUCUAUCACACCCCAGGAUGUCAGGUUUGGUUUAAGGGUACCACCCAAAGAAUUUGAUA